GGAAAAUUAUUAGAGAAAGAUCGGGGAAAAAGAAAAGCAGUGUCCAAUGGGUAACACUCAGUCACCUCCGGUGGAUCUCGCUUCGCCUCGGCAUCCAGGUUUCUCUCUGAACAAUUCUUCUCUAUUUCUACUUUCUCCACUUUCCGUAGUCUAUGUAGUUAGUUCUAGCGGAAUUAAUUAUUGCAGAGCUUUUACGCAAAAGGAGAUAGGAGAUCUCAGAGCACUGUUCGUGUCCGUGGCUACCCAGUCACAGAGCGACGGUCGAUACAUAUCUCCUUCUGUCUUUCAGGCAUACUUUGGACUGAAAGGGGCUCUUGGGGAAAGACUCUUUGAUUUGGUUACCCAACAAAGGAAAGACCAGAAAUUGACCUUUGAAGACCUCCCUUGGGAGAGGCAUAGUGAUUUCUAUGGAGGUAUGGAGUUUUUUCUCCUUCAGCUCCAUCCAAAGGCAUCUAUGGUCAGACCAACUGGGACCAACAACAAUUUACAAUGGUGUGCUGUGAGUUUCAGUUCAGAGACCAUUCCAAAUGGCAUUGGGUUUGGAGGGCAAAUUAAUCACUUUGGCCGUGUUCCACUCUGCAGACUUUGAUCAGGGACACACUCUCUUGCACAACAUUCAACAGCCCUUGCCUUUCAAAGAACAGUAAAAUCUGCUGAGAACUGAUAGAAUGCUGGGGAGUUGUGAGGAAAGGAAAACAAGACAAGAUGCUCCUAAAGCUACUGUGUUAGAAAGGUUUAAGAAGGACUGGAAUAUGCUCAGUAUGGUAAGGAUUGCAAAUGCUAGCGAGUAAAUGUGAUCAUCUUUGGCCUGCACAUUUGGAUGUGGCUUCAACAUUCGGGUCAGUGCUUACGGUUAGAAGUCCUGUUCAAUAUCUGUCUAGUUUAAGGAAAAUUGUUUUUAUCUUCAGUCCCUGUUUCCUCAAUCAAACAGAAUUUUAUUUAUUUAUUUAUUUAUCAAUAUAGCACCUAAGAACGCAAGUGUAUCAUGUAUACACCAAAUCCUCUAACUACAAAAAUUUACUGGUAGUUUGAAAUAGGAAAUUACGGCAGUGUUUAUGAGGAUCCAUAACACUAAUCUACUCAGCUCACAUAAAUACUUUUAUGCCUC